AUGGAGGAACAAGACAGUGAUUUUAAAGAGUUGUGGGCAAACCUUUUGGGUAGAGCCAAGAAAAAUCCUGGGGAUGCUGGGGCAGUGAAGAGGACUCAGAAGAGAUCAAAGAGCACUGCAGCAAAGAGCAAACUGAGAAGAGGCAAAGCUGCUGCUAGGAGCCAAACCCACCAUUACCUACCAAUAAGCUUGUCUCAAGAUUUGGGUCCAAAGGAACAAACCCUGGUGCACAAAGAAGAUGGUGACGCUGUGGCCUUUAGUAGUGGUGAGACUGCACAAGGGGAUGGAAGGAGAAGCCCUUUCCCUGCCAGCCAGCUGAGUACAGCAGCCAGUGAGUGUAGCCAGAGGACUCUGGCAGUCAAUACCCUGAGUGGCUGUUCCCAGACAACAUUAUCCUUCCAUCCUGCUACACAGCCAGGGACCUGCUCUUCCCCCACCUCCAAGAUGCCACCAGCGGUGUCGAAGAUGCGGGUGGCAGAGCUGGUAGUGGAGAGAAUGCAGCAGUUCAAGAGAGUGGCCCCUGAGCAGCUGAAACACAGCACAGAGGGGAGUUUGCCAAGGUCUGUAGCCAGUGGGGAUUUCCCUGAUGAAAGCCAGGAGCAGAACCCACCAGAGAAUGAUACCCAGCAUCUUCCAUCCAUGGAAUAUGACGGUGCUCUGGCUUUGACUCUUCAGCAGGAAACCAAAGAGGAAGCCCUGGCAAGCUUGGAGGAUGCAGGCUUGUUUUUUUGUCAGAUCUGCCAGAAGGAUCUCUCAGCCAUGAACACCACGCGGCGAGAGCAGCAUGUUAACAGGUGUCUGGAUGAGCUGGAAGAUGCACAAUCAUCCUCCAGCAAACCACAGGUCCCUGAGUGUCCCAUCUGUGGGAAGCAGUUCCAAACCGUGCAGAGCCGGGUCACUCACCUGAAACGCUGUGCUGUGGAGAUGGAUGUUCCUCCUAAGCUGCUGCUUCAGGCAGUGCAGUUGCAGGUGUCCUCGCUUGGUGAUGCACCUCUUCAGUGUCCCAGCAAUCAACCAAGCAGGGCAAAACGAAAAGGCUCCUCCAAAGAGAACUCCAAGGAAAAGCAGAAGAGGGCCAAAGUGGAGAGCAAGGAUGAAGAUUUGAUGGUUGCUAUGGCAAUGUCACGCUCUCUGUUGGAACAGGAGAAGCAGGAACAAGCAAAAUCAGUUACAAAUGUGAAACCAAUGGCUGCUUUGCCAAUCAAAUGGAAGCCAGGAUCAGAGAAAAAACGGCGUAGAAGAGGCCCAACUGCAGCCCCACCAUUGCUGCUCCAGGACCCCGAGAAGGCUCACAAGAGGAUCCAAGAACGAGUGGCCAUGCUGCUUGCAGAAGAGGUGGAAUUCCCUCCCACCCCUCAGCUUCCCACUAGUAGGAUUUUGGAGGAUGAAGAUGGGAAAGCAACGUGGCUUCUGCCAUUGCCCAAAACCAGGGAGUGCUUUUUAUGGAAUAUCAGUGCUCUGACAGGACCCUGUGACCCUGAAUCAUUCUACGCUGCUGGGUUAACCCCUCUCAUUGCACCUUGGAAGCCUGUGCAGUCCUCUCUCAGGUUGCUGGCUGAAGAUUUCAGUGCCAUGGUCAACAACCCCCACUUAAGUGACCUGCAGUUCCAGGUGGACUCUGGGGAAGUCGUUUUUGCCCACAUGUUUGUCUUGUACGCACGGUGCCCGCAGGCUGCUGAGGCUGUUCACAGCCAGGGGUUCCUGGUGGAGGAGGACGGGCACCCGCAGACGCGCCGGCUGCUGCUGAGCGGGCCCCCCCCCUUCCUGCGCUACCUCUACGCUGCUGACACCCACAUCCCCGCGGGGCUGCUGCCCCACGUGGGGGCUCUGGCUGCCAGGUUUGGUGUGAGGGAACUGAUGGCAGUGUGUGAAAACAACACUGGAGAGAGUCAGGUGUCUUCUGGAGUGGAUUCAGAAGAUGAUCUUAUCUCUGUGAGGGACGACAAAGAUUGUGAGGACAGAGCUGAGAACUUCCAAGACCUCUUGAAGUCUGUGUGGGUGGGUGAAGAUGAAGAAGAAGUAUCUAUGUUGAACCCUGAGUGCCAGAAUGAAGAUGAUAACGGGGUGGGUGAACAGGAGCUGGAGGAAAUCUAUGAGUUUGCUGCAACUCAGAGGAAGAUGGUUCAAGGUGAAAGAGAGGUGAGGGAGGGAACAGACUGCAGCAUCUGCAGUGACACUGAGCCAGCCCAGGGUCCCAACCUGCAGACUGAGGAAGAAGAGGUAAAGAGUUCUAAAUCUGCUUCAGUAAGCAAGAACUUUAAAGAUUUGAAGGAUGACAAUGAUGUGGAAAGAUCUAAAUGUGACUCACCUGCACAAGAGGAAAUGCAGACUAUAAAUAGGUGCGAAAGUGUGAAUGCUCCACAGACAGCUUUUGUGCCUUCCCACAGUGACCCUCCAAAAGGGGAUGCAACAUCCCAUGGUGCCAGUGGUAAUGAAGGAGAGACUGUUAGGAGAUGUGAAGGUGGGAAGGAUUCCAAGUCAUCUCAGGUUUCACGUGAUGGGGCAGGUCACUGUGAGAAACACCUCCCUAGCUCCCAUGGUGAUGCUAAUAUCAAUGAAAGUUACAACUGCUUGUUUUCUGCAACUCAGGGAGAUGACUCUGAGCCUUCCCCAAUGAAAGAAGAUACCAGAGAAUCAGGAAAGGCUCCUUGUGAAGAACAUGGAGAUGUUACUGAUGCACUUCUGUACAGCAAGUCACAAAAAGACCUCUCUCCACAUAGGAAUGCUUUUUACAGGAGUAUUCCUCCCAAAGCAACCAUGCCCCUUUUUCCUGAUGUUGGCUUUUCACCUGCGUCUCCAAAAUCAGAGAGAAGGUUUCUCACAGAACAUGUGUCAACACCAAAGCAGAACAGAAAGGAACAAUCAUUGGCAUUGGAUGAAAUACCCCUUCAGAAAGCCAGUGAGGUGGAUUGUGGAGAUGAGAACACAAUUUCUCCAGGAGACCUUCCCAGUGUUGAUUUAAACAAGCAUAGGUAUGUCCCAGUGUUGUCAUCACCAGUCACCAGAACUCAGGAGACUGCAGCUCAGGGGAACCAGGAGGGUUCUGUUAUUGUUUUAUCUUCUGAUGAUGAAAUGGAGUUGCAAGAAGACAAGAAGUCACCAGAAUCAGGCUCCAUUCUGAAGGAAAUGGAAACCCCUGAGCAGCUGAGAUGUGCAAACAUAGAACAAGGUGCUGAGAUCCCAAAACCUGAACCUAAUUCAUCAGUCACUGAAACAGAGCACAGAUCUACCCAGGUCUCACGUGGCACCACAGAUACAGUGCCUGUCAGUAAUGGUGUAAAGAUGUCCACUGAAUUGCCUCUGAGCCCACAAACAGAUGUUUGUAUGGAAAGCAAACACAGCCCAAACCUGAGCCCCCAAAAAAGGCUCAGUCCUGAGGUGUCUUCAGGCACAGACAGCUCCUGGCUAGUGCCAGACACACCAGUUCUGGGCAAAAGCAGAUGUUUCUCAGCACAGACUGAGGUCACAAGUAUCAAUUCUUUAAAGAGUCCACGAUCUAAACUCAGCACAAAGAAUUUAGCAGCAGUUAAUGGUAACCAUGAAAUGGAUGGAAAUGUAAAAGUUUGUCAAACAAACUUGUCAGACAAACAUUUGCCUUUGGAGACCUCAGUCAGUGAAAGGAGGCCUUCCAGGAGGCCUUCCAGCAGCCCAGCAGCAGGAUCAUUUUCCAAAAGCUCCCCACCAGUUUCUCCAGUGGAUCCAGUUCUCUCCCCUGGCCACACCAACACAAUAAAAAGCAAAUGUCCCAAGAUCCCAUUUUUAUCCAAACCUGUGCCUCUGUGCCAUGAGCAGCCAUUGGAAGAUCCAACAAAUACCAGUGUGGUUGAGAUAGAGGACAGUGAAAAAGACACAAGUCUGCCUUCUGUGAGUAGCAGUGUCUUGCUGUGUGAUGACCCCCCAAUCCCCAUUGAUGACUGCUGGCAUGUUGAGUGUCUGUCACCAGUCAGAGGUGGCAGCCAGGACUCCACCCAGGUGGGCCAUGCAAAGGCCAGCACUGCCAGCACCCCCAAACCAGGCUCUUGGCAUGAGCAGUGGGAGAGCCCAGCCCACCUGCAGGAGAUGAAGGGCAGCACCCCUCUUCGAGGGAGUCCUCUGGGCAGAAGAAGAACAAGGUUGCUCUGUCUGGAAAAGAGUCCUGUUGAGGCAUGUUCAUCAGUGAGCAGUAGACCAAGUUACCUGAACUCCAAAAUCUGGGAUGACUGGAACGGAGAGGAAGUGGAAGAUGAAUUUCCAGAGGUGCUUCCUCUGUCUCAGAGAUUGCCAGCUGCAGUGGGUGCCUGCCAGACUGAUCCUGUAAAGACUCCUGAAGCUUCCUGUCAGGAGAAGGACAAGCCUCCCAGCACUCCCAUGACACCAAUGCCACAUUAUUCCCUCAUGGAGACCCCACAGCUGAAGAAGGAGUUGAGCAGAUUUGGAGUUCGUGCUCUCCCCAAACGCCAGAUGGUGUUGAAGCUGAAGGAGAUAUUCCAGUAUACUCACCAGGACAUGGACUCUGACUUUGAGGAUGAAAUCCCAUCUUCCCAGCCUCCCUUGCAGAAGUCCCCAGCCAAACGUGCUGGGCAGCCCAAGGCAGGGAGGGCUGCAGGUGGGAAGGGUGCCAAGGCCUCCAGGGCUGGGGGCAAAAGGAGGCAGGUUGCUACAGCUUCUUCAGGGGGGAGGGCUGUUGGUGACCUCGUUGGAUCCCAUGAAACAUGCUCUGCAGCAUCCAAGGGAGGAGCUAAAGUAACACAUCACCCAGAAGGAGCUGAAGAGCAGAAAAGAUCAUCUGUAUCUCCAGAGAGAUGGUCUAUGGCAGCUGAUGGUGAGGAACCAAAGCUCUCAGCUUCUCAGGAGUCUGCAGUGUCUUCAGUGGAUGGAAGUGACAUCUCUUUUGGUUCACAGAGCUCUUUAUUGAAUGGAUUUGAAGCCUGUGCUUUUGCCUCUGAAGAGGAGGAAGAGGAACUUCCAGCAUCUCAGGCAGCAGCUCGGGAGGAGGCAAAGCUGGAGGCAAUAAGGUGCUACAUCCGUUCCAACACAGCCCUGUACCACAAGGUGCUCUUCUAUGAGCCCAUCGAGUUGGCAGAGCUGCACACUGAACUGAAACAGAAUGGCAUUAAAAUUUCCAAGGCAAAGCUGCUGGACUUUUUGGAUGCUCACUGCAUCACGUUUACCACAGCCAAAGCUCGGAAAGAGCAGGAACUGAAAAGAAAGGGGACCAAAAAACAGAGGAGACGAUACUGA